GGUGCGAGCAGGUUUCCUACGGCGGCUCUGGCUCGGCUGGGGCGAACAAGUGGCCCCUGUAAUUAGAAGGCUGCCCUCCUCCCGUUUUCCCCCCCACCUCCGCCGCCUCGCCCUGCCCGGCCCGCCCGCCUGCCUUUCCUUUGCCUCGCGUUUGAGCUUGGCUUUGGCGGCGGUGCUGCCGGCGGCUUUCGAAGGCAAUCUCCUCCGGUCCCUCGACGACUUCGGCCGGCCGAGCCGGCGGCAGCGGCGGCGGUCGUAGCGCUUGGCUUCUGCUCUGUGUGUGCGUGUAUGCGUGAGCGUGGGAGAGGGAGCGCCUCGACCAUUGUGCCGUCGCGGCUACUUGCGUGCGCGCGCGCUUGGCCGCCCGAGGAACUGAGUGCUCGCGGCGCGACUCGCCGCGUCAAGUGCGCGUUCGCGUGUCUCCUGCUUCGAGACGACGAAGAAGUCGUCGAGUGUCGGUGGCGGCGGCAUGUGGCCGGUGUCUUUAUCGCGACGUCUUUCGGACAACUCGGUCGGGAUGUCAAAGGGACAGACUGCUUCGAACAAGGCGACGACGGCGGCGUUGGACGUGGAACAGCGACAACGACGCGCCUUUCACGUCCCUUGAUUUACGAGAGCGAGAGAACGAAGAGUGGGGAACCCCCGGAGGAAAGCGAAGCAGCCCAGGUUGAGGCGUGCCGUCUCGGUGUAUCGACUGCCGCAUCAGCUGUUUCGGAGUGUUUGUCCGGUCGUAUCGGAUUACCGCGCCCUGCAAGGCGUAUGUUUCGUCGGUGUGUCCAGUUCACGUGUUACCGUUUUGGAGUUUCAUCGUGACAACACUGUUGCUUUCUCCGUCUCCUGCUUUGUUGCUUUUCUUUUUAAUUCUUUUUUUUUCUCGCAUCAAUUACUGUUUGCUCGGCGAUGACCAGCAACACCCGUGUUUCGCGUUCUCCCGCCGAGACGUGCACCGUGACCACUGCUGCCGAUUGCUGUUUGUUCGCGUCACAUGAACUUCACCUCCUGGAGAAGGAUUACUACUUCGUGCUCUGAAAACAGUGUAUACUUCUCUGUUCUGACACCGUCUUCCCUUUUGAACGCCGUCUUCUCCGUUCUGACCGUCCAGGUAUAAUUGUUAUCUUCGUGUGUGCGCGCUUCUUCGAGUUCAGCGCGCUGAUCUGCGGUUGUUUCGACAAGGCCGCGUGCGGCGUGCCGACCGAGAGACGCCAUGUCGACGACGGUCAUGGGUCGGCAGACGACAGUCGCCGGUACUGUCCCGGCCAGCAAGGUUCUGGUGUGUCGCCAGUGGUGGAAAGUGUGCUGGGUGUACGGCGACCAGUACAAGCAGUACCGGGAAUUGUACGGCCGGAAGACGACUACCACAGUGCGCAUGCAGCAGGAGACGAAAGUAUGCCGCAACUGCAAGUGUCCCCGGGAGGAUCACCAGGACGGCCCGAUGGCCGCCAACCAGGCCGAGGUGGACCGGCUGCUGCAGAAGGCGUCGUCGCCAGCGUACUCGACGUCGCCACCCCCGCCGCACCAGCAGUCCCAGCCGCACCAUCACCUCCAGCAGGCCUCUCCGGCCGCGGGGCCCAACCCGAACCCCGGGACCACCGAGGCCGUCCAGCGACAGUCGCAUUCGGAUGACGACAGCGGCUGCGCGCUAGAGGAGUACACCUGGGUGCCGCCGGGACUCAAGCCCGAACAGGUGCACCUGUACUUCUCUUCGCUGCCGGAGGACAAGGUUCCGUACGUGAACAGCGUGGGCGAGAAGUACCGCAUCCGGCAGCUUCUGCACCAGCUGCCGCCGCACGACUCGGAGGUGCGCUACUGCAACGGCCUCUGCGAGGAAGAACGCCGCGAACUGCGCCUCUUCUCGAGCCAGCGCAAGCGCGAGGCCCUCGGCAGGGGAUCCGUCCGGCAGCUACCCGUCAACGCGGCCAGCCUGCCGCCCAUCGUGUGCCAGAACUGCGAGGAGCCCUUGUCGGCGGGUGACAUGUGCGUGCUGGCAUCGCGCGCGGGUCCCGACUGCGGCUGGCACCCGGGCUGCUUCACGUGCUGCACCUGCGGCGAGCUGCUCGUCGACCUCAUCUACUUCCACCGCGAGGGAAAGCUCUACUGCGGCCGACACCACGCCGAGAGCCUGAAGCCGCGCUGCACCGCCUGCGAUGAGAUAAUCUUCGCGGACGAGUGCACGGAGGCGGAGGGCCAGGCUUGGCACAUGCGCCACUUCUGCUGCUUCGAGUGCGACCGCCAGCUGGGCGGCCAGCGGUACAUCAUGCGCGACGGGCGGCCCUACUGCCUGCGCUGCUUCGACGCCAUGUUCGCCGAGUUCUGCGACACGUGCGGCGAGCCCGUGGGCGUCGACCAGGGCCAGAUGUCGCACGAGGGCCAGCACUGGCACGCCACAGAGGCCUGCUUCCGCUGCGCCACCUGCCGGCAGUCGCUGCUCGGCCGGCCAUUCCUGCCGCGCAAGGGGCUCAUCUACUGCUCCCUCCAGUGUAGCAAGGGCGAUUCGAAGUCGUCUUCUCAGAAGGGCAACGGCUCGCCGUCUUCGAGCAAGGGCCUCGUACAAACCACCGCGCCGACCACGACCGCUUCCAACUCCCCGAGCCGCCACAGCACGAUACGGCAGAGCCCGCUGCUCCUGCGGAAGCAGCCGCCGUCACUCGAGCUCGACGAUCCGGUGGAGGAGUGUCCCCCGCCACCCCCUCUCCCGACCUCGGGUCCGCCUCGCGAAGACGAAGGUGACGUCUCCUACGUGGCCGACUCGACGAGCUUCCAGAGGUACUCCGACUCGGCCUCCUCCUCCCAGGGACACUCGGACACCACGGCCACGGUUCGCUCCGACUCGCCACAUUCCGCGACGCGCUCCGACACGCCCGAGUCCCAGGGCUCUCGCCACAGCUCCCAGCAUCAUCAGCCGCAGACACCGCCCAAGCCGCGACCGUGUUCGCCAGCGGGAAGCCUGAAAGGAACCGCUGGCCUGCCCACCAUCCCGCCGUCUGCGGGCAUCCUCAAGAAGUCGGCGAGCCUGGCGUCCGAGUCUCCUCUAGGACGCAUGAAACACUUCCCGGCGUCGCCGUCUCUGACGCCCACGGCGGUGCGACACCCCGGUUUUUCUUCGCCGAACUCUCCCGGGAACGUGCGGAGGCUGUUGUCACCGGCGUCAUCGUCCGCGCUUCAGAUAUCGGGGCACCACUCCCCGGCCUCUCCGUACAGCCUCGGAGCUCCGGCGACGCCGCCCAAGCCGCUGCUCUCACCCAACGUGAGCGGCCGAACCCUCUCGGCGUCCUCUCCGCGCGGAGGCAUUUCCGCUUCGUCAUCCAUCUACGGCGCGCGGCAAAAGACCGUGCUCUCCCAGUCGAUGUCGCAGUCUCCCGACAGCCCCAGGGUGAGGCAGCGGUUUCAGGGGACGAGCCCGUCUCUAUCCGGUUCCCACGCGGCGGGCCUUUCCACGAGCCAGUGCGGGCGGUUCCCGCCCGGAAUCCCGCCCAUGUCGCCGAUGCCUUCGCCGACGCAGAUGGUUCGAGGGAUCCUAGGCCAGGGAGACAGCCCGCGUUGCCAUCCGCAGCAGCAUGCCACGCCCGACCGGCAAGUGGCGUGCCGUCCCCAGGGCUCUGUUGCGGCGACGUCGUCCUCGCCCGGUGACGCCCUGCUCACGCCUACCUGCGGUCGACGCCGCGAACCCCUCAACGUGUCCGACCUCCGGCUCGGGGCCUUGCUGGCCAGUUCCGAGGUAUUCGUCGAGGUAGUCGAGGAGAUCCAGAACGGACCGUUCAGCAAGACCAGCAGCCAUCACCACCACCGCCUCUCGGGGUCCCACUUUUCCAUGCCGGACCUUUCCGUGGGCCACGCGGCGUACACCAGCAGUCAGCACCACGUCGAGCAACAGCAGCAGUCUUCCUCCUUCGGCGUGCAGGACGACGACGACGGCGACAUCAGCGGCGCCUGCUACGCUCCAGAAUCACCGGGCGCCGUGGCGGGCAGCGCGCCGACGUCGCACCCGACGACGCCCAAGGCGCUGUCGGUGCACUUCGACCCAAGCCUGGGACAGGCGGAGAGCGACAACGACGCCGCUUGCAGCAGCGGCCGCCGCGGAGGUUCGCGUUCGUCGCGGCGAUCCCGGCGGCACCGGCGUGACGACUCGAGCUCCAGCGAGGGCGGGUACGAGGACGAGCAAGAGGCGGCGUCGUCGUCGUCCUCGAGGAUCACGGUCCACUCGCAGCCCAAGUCGCAGCGGUCGAGGCGGGGCAAGGACGGCGCCGCCAGGUCCCGCAGCGCGUCCGAAGGAGCGGUGUCGUCCCGGCGGGAGCGACCCCAGUGUAGCCGGAGGGCGCCCGCCGAGCUUCCGCUCGAGUACGACGACGCGUGCAGCACGUGCUCCAGCUCGAGUUCGGACGACUUCCCGUACGAAUUGCCCCAGCGGCGAGCCUACGGCGGCGUGCGGAUAUCGUACGUAAGCAGUGACGCCCUUGCGGUGGCCAAGCAACGUACCAGGACUCGCUCUGCUGACAAGAAAAGCGCCGCCGACAAGAACUGCAUCAUUUCAUGAGGCACGAGUGCGUGUGUGUGUGUGUGUGUGUGUGUGUGUGUGUCUUAGCAUGUGUUUGAAUUUCUUGCUUUCGUUCAUAAAGUGGCACGAGUAUAUUUCGUGGUCAGUGCAAAGCCAAGCUUGUUGAACGACAUGCUUCUAAGUAAUCUUUCAGAGGUGCAAAAUGAAAGAGCAUGCUAGCCACUUUGCUCAUUGAAACAUUCCCUUACUGUAAUUGGAGGUUUUACGGUGGCACAGCGUGCAGUUUAAUGCAUAUUGCUAUAACAUUGCAUUGUCUCCAGAUGUUAAUUAUUUUAUGGCAUGCUCCUCUUUUAAGGCUGCAGUGGCACUUUGCCCUCUACACUUGACACAAAAAUUAAUUAUGACCAUGUUAAUUUUGUGGCUUUAAUUAAUUACAAUGUAAAUCACAGCUUGUUAAUUCACUGUUCAUGAAGCACUAUUUUAACACUGAAGCUACUGGCUUUGUGGUAGCCUCGUGCAUGCAUUUGUCUUCAUUGCAGUAUUAGAGACAUGAACAAUACACCAUGCAAUUAAAGAACAAAGUGCGGGUAUUCAGCCUAUGUCAUGUGUCAGCCUUUGUAUUGUUAUCGUGUUGUGUGUUGUGCAGAUGAUUAUCUGAGUUGCUUUUGUCUCACGUGUUUAUGUGUGCAGUAUACAUGUAUUGAAUACUCCUGCUGACUUACGCAGAUUCAGAAUGCAUGUGUAUGUUAGGUCAUUGUAAGUAAUCACACCUUUGAAGAAUAUGUUGCACUGAUCGUGAGAUAUGCAGACCUGUACAGACAAGUUUUAGAGUGUGGCUGCACGUUGUCUUCAUGCAUACUGCUGAGGUUAAGAGCAUUACUUUUUACUAAAUAUAUCAACGGACAACGCAGAGAUUUAUGCAUUUGUAAAAUAGCCUGAUGCAAUGUAACAGUGUUGCCUUUUGUGGCAAGCUGCAGCCGUGAUCACCAAAUCCGAAGUUUCUGGUGCGACAGCACAUAGGCCAAUAACUUGUGCUAACCAGGAGCAGCAGCCACGUGGAGAUGCAAUGGGCUUUCACCUCGAACUAAAAUGAUGCUACACGUUCCAAGUUAGAGCUUGCUACAAGAGUCCUUCUGGAAAUGUUUCAAAAGUGUGAUAUAAAACGGCCCCUGCAAUGCCCAUUCCUGGUAUCCCAGUUUGCGUCAGGACUGUGCGCAAGUAGAACACUGAGUAUGAAAGUUACCUGUGGCAUGUUUGCUUGAUUGAGAAGGCAAAGUACGAUCGCAGGUGAACUAGAGAAAAAGGAAUAAAAAGUGCAGCAUGGUUACAUACAACUGGUGAAGUAUCGUGGGUAUCACAUCUGCAGCACCAGCCAUGACAGACCAUGCUUGCAGAAACGAAAGGAGGGGGAAAAGCGGCUUCAUCAGGGUGAAGAACUGUAGAGCCUUGUUAGGAUGAUGAAAACUGCUGUAAGGUUAGACUGCUUUGGUAAGCGCACCUUUGACGUGAACCGCAAUAUUUAUGAUGGGUCUAGAUGAUCACGGGGAGCAGGGUCGGGCAACAAGACACAGCUAAAGUGCCAGUAUAAGCUGUGUCAUAGACACACCCGCACUGCCUUAGGUAACCCUCUCUCUGUGUUGCUGAAUGUGAGGUAUUCACUCUCAACUUUCAUAGGCUUUGCUAAAUGUUCUGUUCAAUUGUUACCACAUGCCUUAUGCGUCUCAGUGCCAGGCUACAAUGUUUGGGAGCUGGACAAUAGAUUUCGCGUUCUAUGAACAGGCCAUGAUAAAUUAUAUAUGGCAUAGUUGAGAUAUUAGAGAAAAGUUUGGCUUGUGAAAGUUCAUAGAUUGCCCUUCUGUGGGCCAGUACUUGACCAAGGCAGGUACUGAGAGAAUGGCAUCCUGAGGUCUAACUUAUAGCAAUAGCUGGAAAGGUCAUACUUAUCGCAAAGCGCUCUUGGUGAACCGAGUUGGUAUAAUGUUGCAACUCGUUUCAUUCAAUUCGAGUUUCUUCUUGUUGUCCAACAUUCACAAACAGCCAAUCCUGGUAAUGUGGGUGGAGCACUGCUCAGACGAUUGACAAGGUGCAAAAAGAAAGAAUUGGAAGAGAAUCGUUACAUUUUCCCGACCCAGACUCCAUCAGCAAGAGAAUAAAGUAGACAUAGGUACUGAGCAUUGAACUUAAGUCUUCUACCCCAACACUUGACAGUUUCCAGGGAACUUUGGUAGCAAACCUUGGCUCACCUUCGGCAAGGAAGGUGAUGUAUCAGGGUUCAGAGCAUACGCAUGUUAGACGACACCCUAUGCGACUGAUAAUGUGCAUUAUGGUGCAUAAUAUCAGUGUAGGAAAACAGAAGUGGUAGAGUAUAGACACAGUAAUGUAACAUAAUGCAUUUCUGCCUAAUGGGCUACAGUCACCAAGAAAGUGGAUGACUGAAAACUAGACUGAUCGAGGGAAGCCUGUGUUGCUUCCCCCUCCCCCCUCCUCCAAAAAAACCAUUUAGUGUUUUUCAGAAGCUUCAUUGCUAUAACAAUUUUACCAGAGUAUGUGAACACUCAGUGCAGUUUCAUUUUCUCUGUGUAAAAGAUGGAAGAAUAGGAAGAUUGCUUCGCCACUUGGGGCUUGUCCUGUGAGAUCGCUUUAUGUGAGUACUCUGUCUAUUGCAACAUUAAAUCUGUACCUGACUUGAGACGUUACCCUUUAGUGUUCAUUUUCUCCCAUCGAAUUAACAUUACUGCUGCGCUGGCACUCGGAUAAACCGAAUACUCAGACCGGAAGCUGUUAUGUAAAGGGUGGAGACUUUGCAGGACAUGUCAGGAUAAUUCCAGAAACAAAGCCAUUCAUUACUCAGUUCAAGUUGAGAACAGUUUGACUCACAAUAAUUGAAGCUCUUAGGGGAUGCAGAUUUUUGAUUGUCUAAUGGUUUAAUUGUUAUUAGCCCCAAAAUGGGGCUAAUAACAAUUAUGCGCUAGUGUACGAACAGAUGUGCCCACCACAAAACAACGUACAAGAGUGAGCAACUGGUCCAUUUCUGGGUUUCAUCCGCCUAAUAUCAAAGCUGCAAACAUGCAGUCGAGCUAGUGGCAUGUAUUCACAGCAUGCCUACGGACAUACACAGAAGCUUGAAUAUAAAACAUGGGCAUACAUCAAGCACUGAUGCCGCUACCUGAAUAUCCCCUAAUCAGCACUUUUUUGGCUGCAUUGCUUUGCUUUGGAAAUCUAGGAACUUUGAAGUAACCAAAAGGUUUGUUUGAAUUAAGAAGUUUCGAAGAAUACUGCAAGCACUCUGGGCCAAAUGAAAAACCGGCACUUUGAGUUAACUCAACCCAGUUUGAAUUAUUGCGAGUCGAUCAUACACUGCCUAGAGUGUUCUACUCCCUUUGUCCGCAGCGCAUGGCUGCACAGGUGGUACAAUUUUUCUGUAUUGCACCCCCUCCUAAAAAAAGCUUUAUUUUUUUCAGAAACAAGGAAACUUUUCAAACCAUUAUGCAGUGAAUCAUAAGCAUUCUGCUUCUCGUUAACUACAAGUUGUGUGCUAACGCAUUGAAGAUCAGGGAGCUCGUAUGUACCCAGUUUUAGUAUGGUGCAGGAGGGAUGACGGCCUCCUGUGGCACCAUGACAUCAUUGCCAAAGCAAGUGUUUUGUUUUGUAUAGUGUACAUGAAUAACCCCAGCGUAGGGGGCCAUGAACUCUCUGGCAUUUAGUUAUUUUCGUGUCUACAGCUCCGUGUCUCUGCGUCUCUGCAAGGUCAGCAACCAAACUGGACAAGAGCUGUGUGUGUGCGCGUCAUCAGUGAACCAUAGAUAUAUGGUUUUAUACAAAGUAAUAAAUCAAAUCACUUCUUUC